AUGGACUCGACAAAGGUUGAGGACCUGCUUGAAAAUCCUCGAGAGCGAUCCAAUUUUGUUUCAGCGUCAUGCUUUUGGUACACCAUGCCCAUCUUUUUGAAGGGAUCGAAGAAAACACUAGAUGCAAAGGACCUUUACAGACCUUUAGCGGAGCACAAAUCAGAUACUCUUGGCAGUAAAUUGUGUGCCUCUUGGGACCGAGAACUGAAAAAUGACAAGGAAAACCCGAAACUGCUUAGAGCUGUUCUGCGUGUUUUUAGCUGGCAACUUGGUGCUCCUGGACUGGCCAUUUUCCUGGUAGAGCUGGGACUAAGAACUUUUCAGCCGAUGUUCUUGGUUAGGCUCAUUUCGUACUUCUCACCAGACUCAUUAGCCAUCGAGGUGGGCUAUUUGUAUGCGAUCGCUUUGAUCCUAAGUAAUGCCCUCGGUCUGAUGAUCAUCGCUCCUGCCAUCUUCUGCAUCCAUCAUGUGUGCUUUAAGAUUCGGGUGGCCAUGAGCAGCAUGAUCUACCGAAAGGCUAUUCGUUUGAGCCAGAGUGCACUGGGUGACACGACGUCCGGCCACGUGGUCAACCUCAUUUCCAACGACAUCUCCCGCCUGGACAUCCGAGUCUAUUCAAGCCACUAUCUAUGGGUGGGGCCCCUUCAGGCUCUGCUGAUCACUUACCUGAUGUAUCAAGAGAUUGGAAUCGCUGCAGUGUUCGGAAUGAUCUUCAUGCUGGGCCUCAUACCCCUGCAGAUGUAUCUGGGUAAGAUAUCCUCGCUGCUGCAGCUGAAGGCUGCCGAACGGACGGACAACCGGAUUCGGAUGGUGAAUGAAAUCAUCUCCGGCAUCCGGGUGCUCAAGAUGUACGCCUGGGAACUGCCCUUCGAAAAGAUGGUGGCCAAGGCGCGUCAGAAGGAGAUGAACUCCAUUCGCCGAGGACAGUACAUAAGAGGCUUUCAUUUUUCCUGCAGAGCCAUCAUCUCCCGGGUGGCCAUCUUCCUGAGUUUGGUGGGUUACGUGAUCUUGGGAAAGAUUUUUACUCCUGAAGUGGCUUUUUUGAUUACCGCCUACUAUAAUGUCUUGUUGACCACCAUGACAGUUUUUUUCCCUUCUGCCAUAGUCCAAACGGCCCAAAUACUGGCUUCCUUUAAGCGUGUGAAUAAAUUCAUGCAAUCUGAGGAGGUACAAAAAAGGCCAAAAGAUACAGAAGUUGGAAAACAUUUUCCACACUCAACCAUCUCCAUCACCAGACUCAAGGCCAAAUGGGAUCCCAAAUCUCCUGAAUACACACUUAGUGGGAUAAAUCUGCAAAUUCAACCUGGGAGCAUUGUGGCCAUAAUGGGACCCACUGGAUCGGGCAAAUCCAGUCUUAUCCAAGCCAUUCUCGGCGAACUUAAGGCAGAGUGUGGUAAGAUAAAGGUGAAUGGCUCAAUGUCUUAUGCCUCCCAGGAGCCCUGGCUUUUCUCCGGCACCGUUCGCCAGAACAUUCUAUUUGGCCAGCCCAUGGAUCACCAGCGGUACGCAGAGGUGGUGAAGAACUGUGCCCUGGAGCGGGACUUCGAGCUGCUUCCGCUCAAGGAUAAGACGGUAGUUGGGGAACGCGGCUCUUCGUUGUCGGGUGGCCAGAGGGCCAGGGUCAGUUUGGCGCGGGCUGUGUACCGGAAGGCCUCCAUCUACCUACUGGACGAUCCUUUGAGCGCAGUGGACACCAAUGUGGCCCGUCAUCUCUUCGAGCAGUGCGUGUGUGGCUAUCUACGGGGGAGCACUGUUCUUCUGGUUACCCAUCAGCAGCAGUUCUUGCAGCUGGUCGAUCAGAUUGUGAUCUUGGAGAGGGGACAACUCAGUGCUGUGGGCACCUACCAAUCCCUACUUAAAACGGGCUUCGACUUUGGCACCAUUCUUGGCAAAGCGGAGAAGGAAAAUGGGGAUCUGGAGGAGAAACGAUCACGCUUGGAUAGCUGUAGCACAACCCCAAAAGAAAAGCUUUAUAAAAGCGAGAAUUCCGUUAAAGAUUCUUGCCCUGAGAAGAUCAAUAAGGAGCACCAGAAUUCAGGUCGCAUCGGUCUGGAUGUAUACAAGAAGUACUUCCAAGCAGGCGGUGGACUUUUCGCUUUCUUUGUCAUGAUCAGUUGCUCCAUCGUAGCACAGUUCGCGAUUUCGUCGGGCGACUUCUUCCUAACUCACUGGGUCAACAAAAGAAGCCAGGCUGCUGCCCAAAACGAAUCAGUUAACCUGGAGGAUAUGGACUCUAAAAUAAUGGAUAUUUAUCUGUUCACGCUAAUCAUAAUAUUUUCGAUUUUAAUGACCUUGUCGUCCUCGAUUUUAUUGUUUAAUAUAGCUAAGAAAGCGUCUAUUCGUUUGCACAACUCCAUUUUCAAUGCAAUUACCAGAGCCUCUAUGCAUUUCUUCGGAAUGAAUGAAAACGGGAGGAUUCUGAAUCGGUUUUCCAAGGAUAUGAGCCAAGUGGAUGAAGCACUGCCAGAAGUGAUGGUUGAUGUGAUGCAGACAUCCUUUUGGCUGGCUGGAAUUAUAAUCGUUAUAGCCAUCGUCAAUCCCGUGUUGCUGCUUCCAAAAUGUAUAAUGGGAAUAAUUUUCUAUAAGCUGCGCAAUUUUUAUCUCAAAACUUCUAGGGAUUUGAAGCGUAUUGAAGCCAUAAGUCUGUCCCCAGUUUAUUCGCAUUUGGCUGCCUCGCUGACCGGGUUGCCCACCAUUCGUGCCUUCCAAGCGCAGCGUCUCCUGGAGAAGCAAUUCGACAACUUCCAGGAUCUGCAUAGUUCUGCACGAUACAUGUCGAUUAGUACCUCGAGUGCCUUUGGUUAUUGGAUGGAAGGCCUAUGUGUGAUUUACAUAGCGAUCGUAACACUCAGCUUCUUUGUUUUCCCUCCGGACAAUGGAGCUCAAGUGGGUUUGGCCCUAACACAGGCCAUGGGACUGAUGGGUCUGGUGCAAUGGGGAGUGCGUCAAUCCACCGAGCUGGAGAACACAAUGACAGCGGUGGAGAGAGUGCUGGAGUACGAGAGUAUUGAGCCUGAAGGAGCUUUAGAAGCUCCAGGUGAUAGGAAGCCACUGAAAUCCUGGCCAGAGCAGGGGGAAAUAGUGUUCGAUAAGCUGAAUCUACGCUACACGCCAGAUCCAAAGGCGGAGAAUGUGCUCAAGUCACUGAGUUUCGUCAUCAGACCCAGGGAAAAAGUGGGCAUCGUGGGACGCACUGGAGCGGGCAAAUCCUCGCUGAUUAACGCCCUCUUCCGACUGUCCUACAGCGAUGGAUCCGUGCUCAUAGACUCGAGGGACACAAGUGAGAUGGGUCUGCACGACCUGCGCAGCCAGAUCUCCAUUAUUCCCCAGGAACCCGUUCUCUUCUCCGGCACAAUGCGGUACAACUUGGACCCCUUCGACGAGCACAGCGACGAGAAGCUGUGGAGCUGCCUGGAGGAGGUAAACCUCAAGGAUCUGGUGGCAGAUCUCCCCAGUGGCCUGCAGAGCAAAAUCAACGAGGGCGGAACCAACUUCAGUGUGGGGCAGCGCCAGCUGGUCUGCUUGGCCCGGGCCAUUCUGCGGGACAACCGAAUCCUCGUCAUGGACGAGGCCACGGCCAACGUGGAUCCCCAGACGGAUGGCCUCAUCCAGAACACCAUUCGGAGGAAGUUCAAGGAGUGCACGGUGUUGACGAUAGCCCAUCGCUUGCACACCGUCAUGGACUCCGACAAAGUGCUGGUCAUGGAUGCCGGCAGAGUGGUGGAGUUCGGGACGCCCCAUGAGCUCCUGACAGUGGCGGACUUCAAGGUGUUCCAUGACAUGGUCAAGCAGACGGGUCAGGUCACCUAUGAAAGUCUGCUGAAAAUCGCACAACAGGCAUUUGAGAACACCCAGAAUCACAGCCCUUCCUGA